AUGACCUCGAUAGGCCUUAUUCGAAAACCAUAUUAUUGUAGUACUUUACAUUUCCCACCAUGAAUCUGGAAUUAGUUUCGCCGACAAGCUUACCAGCACUGUCGCCAAUAACCUUAACAUUUUCCAGGGUUCGGAUCGGAAUUUGUCUCUUGGCUCCUUUUGUCGUCUUGUACUUGUACGUGAUGGAAUUCAUUCAUUCCACCAAGUAUAAGACUAGAAUUUAUGUCUGGGAAAAGCACCUCAACCCCAAAUCAUUCCACGCAACAAAGAAAGAUAAAAAUCUCCACAAAAAGCUUUGGUCCCAUCAUGAAUUUAGCGACUCCGUUUGUUAAUCGAUCGAUGACGAGUGUGCCAUUAUUCUACGUCAUUAGAUGACGUUGAUAGCUGACCAGAAGUCGCUGCUUGUUAUGAACGAGGUGUUCCCAUGGCAACCAGUUUAUUUGCUCGAAAACACUAUCAUAAAUUGAUGGUCGUUGGAGAGAACCGAAAUCAUUUAUAACUCAUGUGUCACUUUCAAUGGGUACCAAGGAAAGAUCAAUGGCUCGUGUCGGAAAUGCAAGAAACAGGCAAGACCAGUAGGAACAACUGCACAAGCCAACAACCGUAUUUCCUCCCUAAAGGGACCUUAACGAAUCAUUAACGAAAUAUCAACUAAAGGAAAGAGAAGCCCCCAACAAUUGGAAAAAAAGAAAGGGGGGUGUUCAUUAGAGUAAUAAUAAUGAAGUCCCCUUUUCAUGCAGGAGCCCCAAGCGAUGUUUCCUCCACACAACCAGAAGCUCGUUAUAUCUAUCACUGUUUCUCAUUCUCUUCAAAACGAAUUGCUUUAAUAAUUCAGCGGAAAACUUUCUAAUUUAUUUGAUAUUUUUUUUUUUUUUUUAGAUUCCUUCUCACGGACAUCAGACGAAGAAGAACAAAUGCAACGAUCCGUGAAUGCUGCAGUGAGAAACAGUAAAGCAGCGUCGCCAUUGGUCGAGCCUUGGCGGUCAAGCAUGGCGGCCGAAGAAGAAAUAAAGGUUUUGAAUUUCAUACAUUAGUACUGGAAAAUUCUUGUCAAAAAAAAGGUAGAGAAAAACGAGCAUUCAUUUGUGCAGUAGCGGGUAGUCGCUAAAAUGUGAAAGACAUUGAAACCUGUCAACCAUUAGCAGUGUGUGUGUAAAGUACACGAGAGUCGGAUGGAGGGAAAUUUGGUUUCAGAAAGAAGAUGGGCGGAGCUAAAAACUGGCUCGCGCUCGCCUCGAGGGCCUUCUUCAGUCGCGUCGAGGUCUCCAUGACGACUGGAGGUUUCUGAACAUUUUCUGGCCUCCAUUCCAACAAACACUUGCCAGUGUAAAGUGAGCCUUGAAACCGAAGUGAAACACUAAAAGAAAACACCCAAGUUUUGAGUGUUUGUCGAAAAAGGUUUUUAUAACGUCAGGAUUACAUCAAAGCCCAUCAAGUUGAUUGCCAUCAACCAACGUUUCACACACACCAGGUUCACCGGUCGGCCAUGACAGUCGACGCCGGACGCCGACUCUUAUUGCUCAGCGUCAUCCUGUGGCUGGGUCAUCGAGACUGUCGAGCUCUAGUGCCCAGCAGCCCAACAACAGAUCAACAUGUUCAAAUUGUUCUGUUACAUCGGAGAGGGUUGGAUUGCGAUGCCGAUAGCAAUCGAGUUGGCAGCAACGUCAGUAUUUCGGCCAGCCAACGGGAAACGGCCGCCCGGUGGGCAUCAGAAAUUAUCAACAAUCAAACGAAACCUCACCUUUUCUCCAUCGAUGUGGAAGUGAUGGAUACGUGUGGCAGCGUCCAAGCGACGGCCAAGAGGUCGCUGCAAGUCGUCAGGCAAAUCAAAAGCAGCGGGACAGCCGUGCUGGGCGUCAUCGCUUUAGAGGAGGCGGACGUCCUUGCCGAAGCGGCGCGUGUCCUUCGACGUCACAACAUUCCAUUGGUCGUGGCCACACCUCGAGCUGCUGAAAGUGAAGCCGCAUCUCUACUCCUCUACGCUCCAGACGAUCCGGCCGUUUUCACCCAACCGGACAAUGUCUUUUCGGCCGUGCCCAAUACGGCGGCUGUGGCCAGGGCGACGAUUGCAGUGGCUAAAGGAAUUCAGAGCCAAUCGAUCCGCAUUUUGGGGACGUGUUGGAGAACGAUCCGGAUGGCCGAACGAGCCGCUCGCCAUUUAAAUAUCAGGGUGAUAUCGGCUGAGCAUUGGGUCGGGGAUUAUUCCGGCAGCCCGACGGCCUACAUCGCUAAUUUGACGAUGCAUCAACACGUGCUGGAACAACAAGAAGGAGUGAGAGUGGCUUUGCUAAUGGAACCCAAUGAACUGGCCGAUUUUAUGAACCAGGCCGUCAGGAUAUCAAGCGGAAGGAAGAUAACUUGGCUUCUGGGAUGUGUGGCCGGUGUGGUCAGUCCGCAAAUUGCGGCUCAAUGGGCCCUCGAUCUGUCCAGCAGCGCAUUCCUUGUCGAGCCUCAUUUACUCGAACUGGCCGGCUUAGCCGAUUACAUGCGGCUUCAUGGUGUGAUUCAUCAUCCGCUCGAUAACGAGAUUCCGCACAUCGUUCAAGCCGUUUCGGCUCUUGGCGCUGCGUUCCACUUGCAGGAAUUGUCCAGUUGCGUUCAACAACAGUCGGCCAAUGGCACGAACGAUGAGAGCAACAGCACCAGCGAGUUUGAUUGCAGUCCGGCAUUUGCUGCUGAUCCGUCACGCGUUCCCAGUCAAAUGUUGACGGCCUUACGUCAAUUGAGCAUGCCGGCCACGUCGAAUUCGAGAGGGCCGGCUGAAUUGGAAGGAACAUCAAACCAUUUCACUCCGUCGGGCCGUCUCGUUGCCAACCGUUAUCUCAUCCAGAAACUGAUGGCCGGUUCGGGAGAAAGCUCGCCUGUCGCCUGGUUCUCAGACGACGACGGACUCGUGCUGGCCGCCGUGAUGACAUCACAAUCGCGUUUCGAUUUUUUCGGUCACGCCUCUUCUGUCCCUCUCUUAACGUCCGUCCCGCCUUUUGUCAUCGACGAACGGACCAUUGAUUACAACAUCAACAACAAAGUGGAAGGUACGGAAGAUCCCGAGCAAGAACCAACUGGACUUUUCCUCGAUGACGUUGAUAAUCUCAUCACAGCGAGUCCGUCGUCUCGCCCGCUCUUUCUCUUUGUUCAAGGUCGAACUUGGGCGGCUUCCAUUCUGGCCGUCUCGGCCACAGAAUUGCUAGCCACAUUCUACAUUCUCGUUGUGCUCGUCUCGCGCAUGUGCGACACAGAUCGCACCACCAGCGUCCGGCUCUCGACCACUCAAACCAUGUCGCUUCUUCUCUUGUUGGCCGUCAUGGCUCAGUUGACGAGCGUGGCCCUCUUUGUUCUACCCGGACUGGCUACCCAUUUGAAACUUUUCCUCCCUCCGUUAUUCCUCGUGACUGGCUACGCUUUACUCCUGGCCAAACUCUUUCAGUUCCGCCACUUGGCUUCCGCCGGACUCGGCGGUUCGGUGCCUCAAUGUCCCCUCUAUGUGGCCGUCUUGCUGGCCGUCUCGGUCCAAGUCGCCGUUAGCGCUCAUUUCUAUACUCAAGAGCAACACCACCAAUCGCCAACAUCGAUCAACUACAGCAACGAAUUGCCUUUGCUCUACCUCUUCCUCAUGGUCCUGGUCACCGUCACGGCCCUCUACGCGUCCAGCUUGAGGCAGAUCCGCCAACAGCAUCGAGAAGCUCAACUGAUUCUAAUCGGCACGUUGACGUCGGCUGUUUUGAUGUUGGGAUGGACGCUGGUCGUGACGAUGGCCGAUGAAGAAUAUCACGAUGCCGCUACAGCCGGAUUGAUGGUCCUCUUGGCCGCGUCCGUCCUUGGUUCCAUCUUUAUCCCGCGAGUGGUGCAGUUGAGUCGGCAAGGCAGACAGCUGUCCAUCAAGUCGACUUACGCGUGCAACAUUUCAAUGGCCUCCGGAAUACCUACCAGUCCGUGGCUGGAUUACAAUUUCACCAGUGCAAAGGACCAGCAAACUUACAACGCCAAUAACUGCAACAGCAGUAAUUGUACGAAUGGUUAUAAUAGUUAUAAGAGUCAGAGUGGCGAUAAUAGCAAAAACUUAACGAAUGUUAUAAAACUAUCUGGCAGCGGACUCAUGAGGCAUCCACAGUACUCUGGACGGCAUUAAAAAGAAAAAGAAAGAAAAAAUGCCAGACAACUCCCCCCCCCCCCCCCCCCCCAACCCAAAAAAUCAACCAUGCAUUAAAUAUCAAUCGUUUUUUUUUUUGUUUUUUAAAUUUUUUUUUUUUUUUCUCAUCCACCAGCAAAACAAAUCUAUUCUUGUCAUUUAAUUAAAACCCCACUUAUUUUUUUUUCCUCGCCUCGGUUAUUUACAAAUGUAUUUUUCGUGUUUGUGUUUACUCAAGGUCUCUUUUAACGACGACAAUUCAAUAAUAAAUGGUAGGACGUUUCUAA